AUUAUGACGUAGUUAGAAAUGAUAUUAAAGCAAUUCUCCCACAGAAAGGUUGGGAUGAUGGGUCUAUUGGACCAAUUCUUGUACGGUUAGCAUGGCAUACAUCAGGAACAUACGAUAAAACGACAAAAACCGGUGGUUCAGAUGGUGCUACCAUGAGAUAUUCAAUUGAAGCCAACGAUCCAGCAAAUGCAGGUUUAGAGCAUGCAAGAGCAUUUCUGGAACCGAUAAAAGAAAAGCAUAGUUGGAUUUCUUUAGUUUCCAUUGAAGCUAUGGGAGGACCUACCAUCCCAUGGAAACAUGGACGCAAGGAUAAGCCUGAAUCAGCGUCACCACCAAACGGACGUCUUCCCGAUGCAGAAAAAGGAGCAAGCCAUAUCCGAGAAGUAUUUUAUCGUGAUCGUUCUGGAUACGAACGUGGAUGGACGUUCACAGAAACACGAUUUAAUAACCAAUUUUAUGUUAUGUUAACAAGACUAGAUUGGCAAGAGGAAAAAUUACCAAAUGGAUUAAUCCAAUAUGGUAAUAAGAAACUGAUGAUGCUUCCUUCCGAUAUGGCAUUUCUUCAUGAUCCACAAUUUAGUGAAAUUGUUAAAAUUUAUGCUAAUAAUAAAGAAACAUUCUUUGAAGAUUUUGCAGCGGCUUUCGGAAAGUUAUUAGAGCUCGGAGUUAAUCGUGAGGAAGAUGAAGCAAAGUUAUAA